AUGGCUUCUUCAUCAAAACCCAAAAGUAAUUAUGAGGUCUUCUUGAGUUUUAGAGGCACAGACCUGCGUAACACUUUCCUUGGUCAUCUCUACAAAGCUUUAUAUCAUAAUGGAAUAUAUGCUUUCGUUGAUAGCGAGGAGCUGAGGAAGGGAGACCAAACAUUACCGAUGCUCAUGAAGGCAAUUGAAGAAUCAUGUGUUGCAAUCAUCAUUUUCUCUAAGGAUUACGCUUCCUCACAGUGGUGCUUGGAAGAGGUGAUGAAGAUCAUGGAGUGCAAGAAGCAAAAGGACCUCACAGUGCUACCGGUGUUUUAUAAAGUAGACCCAAGAGAAGUGAGACGGGGCAACAUGAGUUAUGGGAAAGCUCUAGCCAAGCAUGAGUCCAAGUUUGGGAAGGAUUCGAAAAAGGUGAAGCAAUGGAAGAAAGCUCUUUUUGAUGCUGGUAGCUUGUCCGGGUGGCACUUUAAUGAUGGAGAUGAGUCAGAGCUUAUAGAAAGAAUCGUGAAGGAGAUCUCCACUCUUCUAAACCGAACUCCUUUGCAUGUUGCUAAACAUCCAGUUGGGAUCAAUUCCCAAGUGGUUAAGCUGAAAUCCAUGUUAAACCUCGAGUUUGAUGAUGGUGUUCUUAUGAUAGGAUUAUGGGGAAAGGGAGGCAUAGGGAAGACAAGUUUAGCUAAAGCCAUUUAUAAUGAUAUUUUCAGACAAUUUGAAGGUUCAACUUUUUUGGCAAAUGUUCGGGAAACUUCAAAAUAUUGCAAGGAUUUAGUUGCUUUGCAAGAAAAAUUACUAUCUGAGAUAUUAUUACUGAAACAAAGAUUAGUAGUGUCCAAUAUUGAUGCUGGUACUCAUCUAGUACGAGAUAGACUUUGUCGCAAAAAAGUUCUCCUUAUCCUUGAUGAUGUAAAUGACUUGCAUCAAUUAAAUGCUUUAGCAGGAGAAGGCAAGUGGUUUGGUAUUGGAAGUAGGAUCAUCAUUACUACAAGAGAUAAACAUUUGCUAACUUGUCACGGGAUAGAUCAAGAUCAUGUGUACGAAGUUAAAGCAUUGGAGGAUAGUGAAGCUCGUGAGCUGCUUGGUAGGCAUGCUUUUGGGACACACCAAAAAUUGAAAAUCAAGACAGAUCUAGUGGAUAGUGUUUUGAAUCAUGCCGAAGGCCUUCCUUUAGCAAUUGAGGUGUUGGGUUCCUUCUUAUGUGGUAGAAGAGAACAUGAAUGGAAAAGUACACUAAAGAAACUUUCUAGGAAUCCUAACAAAACCAUUAAUAAUGUGCUCAAAAUAAGUUAUGAUGGACUAGAGCAUAAUGAGAAAGAAAUUUUUCUCCACAUUGCUUGCUUCUUUAAGGGGUGGGGUAGUGAGUACAUAAAGAAAGUUCUUGACAGUUGCGAUUUCGAGAUGGAUAUAGGAUUAGAAAUUCUCAUUGAGAGGUCCUUGAUAAGUAUCAAGCAUAGAAUUGUGGAAGUGCAUGACUUGAUUCAAUUAAUGGGUAUGGAUAUUGUGAAUCAAGAAUGUCGCGAUGAUCCUCGAAGACGCAGUAGGCUAUGGCUAUAUGAUGAUGUUCUCGAUGUUCUGUCCCACGACAUGACGCCUCCUAGUUAUGCAAUUUGGCUCCCUAUAGGAGAGAUGCCAGAGUGGGUCUUCCCUAUUGACGAGAGCUCCAUAUCAUUCAUGGCUUCAAAAGACUUGUAUGACAAGUUUCUUGGGUUGAUUCUUUGUGCUGCUUUCAAUGAUGAUGAACAAGCAAAGUAUCCAGUAGUUGAGAUUUUACCACAUGUGAAUGGCGAAAUGAGGGAUUGCAAAGGAGGAAUGAACUUCUUGGCAAUGGAUUUGGAUCAAAUCUUGCUUUGGUGUUUCACACCAUACGAUCUAUGGGGAGAAGUUGAUUUUGGUCAAAUUGAUGGGAGUUAUGUACACUUUGGCCUUACAAUAUUAGCUACGAAGGUGAAAAAGUGGGGAUUCCGAAUAAUAUGCAAGCCACUUGAGGAUGAUUUAAAGGUUGGGAUUCAAGACAAUCAACUGAUCGAUCUAGCUUUACUCCGCGAGGUUGUUCUUGAACCAACAAAUUUAGAAGUUGAGAGUCCACUUAUGCACAGAGAUAGUUUGAUCGAGACAGAUCUACAGAAAGACAUGUGGGAUUACCAAAGGAGAAAUGAGGAACAUAGUCAAAUAGUAUCAAAGGAAAAUCCUAGGCUUAUUCUCCCUCUUGGCAUGCGAACCAAGACUAUGCUGACUUCCAAUUUGACCGGCAGAGAUGAGGAUGGUAGUGUUGGCUUGCAACUUUUAUUGUAA